AUGACCAGCGACACGAGUGAAUCGCGGCAUCUUCAGCUUCAUUAUUCAGCUCCUGCCACACAAUGGUCAGAAGCCCUGCCCAUUGGCAACGGCCGUCUUGGUGCUGUUGUAUAUGGGCGGACCGAAGUAGAGCUGAUGCAGCUCAACGAAAACUCGGUGUGGUAUGGAGGCUCUCAAGAGAGGACACCGCCGGAUGCUUAUCGUAUGCUGCCCAAACUUCGACAAUUGAUUCGAGAAGAGAAGCAUUCGGAGGCUGAGGCUUUAGUCAAGGAAUGUUUUUUUGCAACUCCCGCAAGCAUGCGUCACUACGAGCCGAUGGGCACCGCAACACUGGAAUUCAACCACCAGAAUGUCGCUGAUUAUCGGCGUUGGCUCGAUUUGGCUACUUCGCAGGUUUCUGUUCAGUAUACAGUCGAUGAGAUUUCUUAUCAGCGUGACGUUAUCGCCUCAUACCCUGACAAUUCAUUACUUUUACGAUUCACUGCUUCUAAAAGUACUCGUUUCAUCGUGCGCCUGGACCGGCUGAGCGAUAACGACACCGAUACGAACGUCUAUGCCGACACUAUCACAGCUUCUGGUUCCCACAUUUUGCUUCACGCAACUCCAGGAGGAUCGAAUAGCAAUCGAUUGUGUUCUGUUCUUGGCGUCGUCUGCGACGAUGGCGGCACCAUUGAGGCCAUCGGAAAUUGCCUUGUCAUUAACUCUGCCUCCUGCAGAGUCGGCAUCGCCGCUCAGACAACAUUCCGUCAUGAUAACCCCGAAGUCGUCGCCCGGACUCAGAUCGAUCAGGCUCUGGCACGGCCGUGGGAUGAACUAGUGGAGAGGCAUAGGACAGAUUAUUCUAGGCUUUUCGGCCGGAUGAGCCUGAGAAUGUGGCCGGACGCUUGUGACUUGCCAACGGACCAGCGCCUUCGAAGUAGUAGGGAUCCUGGCCUUGUCGCCUUAUAUCACAACUAUGGCCGAUACCUGCUUAUUUCAUGUAGUCGGAAUGGCUACAAAGGGUUACCAGCAACGCUUCAAGGCAUCUGGAACCCGAGCUUUGCCCCACCUUGGGGAUCAAAAUAUACGAUCAACAUCAACACGCAGAUGAACUACUGGCCUGCUGGCCCGUGUAGUCUGAUCGAUGAUUGUUCGAUUCCACUGUUGGAUCUUCUGGAACGAAUGUCAGACCGGGGCCGCCAAACGGCCAAGGUCAUGUACGGCUGCCGAGGUUGGUGUGCACAUCAUAACACCGACAUUUGGGCCGAUACGAACCCUCAAGAUCGCUGUAUGACAGCCACUAUUUGGCCUCUUGGAGGUCUCUGGUUAUCGACCACGCUAAUGGAUACUCUCAAGUAUCAAUAUGACGAGGCGCUACAUAAUCGCUUAUUCCACGUCCACGAGGUCACAAACCCCUCACUCUCUCCAGAGAAUGCGUUUGUCUCAAGGUCUGGAAAUAAUGGCAUAUUCUGCGAAGGAUCUACCAUAGAUAUGACUCUUAUCAAGAUGGCUUUAACGCAGUAUAUUUGGAGUUCAGAGCGACUGUCAAACGUAAGCCACUCUCUUAAGGGGCCUGUUGAGGCGGCUUUGACUAGGAUUCAACCUCUUACACUUAAUCAAGAAGGAUUAAUUCAGGAGUGGGGUCUUAAUGACUACGAAGAAGUUGAACCCGGGCAUCGCCAUGUAUCACAUCUCUUUGGCUUAUACCCUGGAGAUCUGAUACACCCUACGCAAAGUCCAGAACUUGCUGCCGCGGCCCAAAAAGUGUUGAAACGGCGCCUCGCUAACGGUGGUGGCCACACGGGCUGGAGUCGGGCGUGGCUUUUAAACUUCUAUGCACGAUUGCUUGACGCAGAGGCGUGUGGAGAGAACAUGGAUCUUCUCUUGCAUAAUUCUACGCUACCCAACUUACUAGAUACUCAUCCCCCUUUUCAGAUUGAUGGGAAUUUUGGAGCAUGUGCUGGAAUCUUGGAGUGUUUGAUGCAGUCGACUGAACGUAAGAUGGAUGGGGAGAAUGUGGUCCAGAUAUCUUUACUUCCAGCAUGCCCCCGUAAAUGGGACAAGGGCCACCUCCAGAGGGUGAGAGCAAAGCAAGGAUGGCUUGUGUCUUUCCAAUGGAGCAAGAAUCAGAUCAUCGGCUCAGUGGAACUUAGCUGCACUAUGGCGGGAGCUGAUGCGGCUCAUCUUUUGUGUCCAGAUGGAUUGAGACGGGUAUUUGACGGCAGCAUGGUCAGAGACUACACUUUUGAGGUAGCAUAG